AUGGCUCCACGCGAAAAUAUAAACUCUGCUAGUAACGCCGAUCCAAUUGAUCGCAUCGGAACGAAUGCCAAUGAGCGGACUCCGACCCGCAAGUACACUGUUACUGAGGUUGAGAAGCAUUCGACACCUGACGACUGCUGGCUAAUAGUGCGCGGCAAGGUGUACGACGUCACCCCUUUCGUACCCAGGCACCCGGGUGGCAACAUGAUUUGGGUGAAAGCUGGAGGUGACUGCACACAACUUUUUGACUCAUAUCAUCCCUUACGAACUCGGCCAUUGCUGGAAAAGUACUACGUUGGAGAGUUGCAGCGCAGGACAGAUGAUAAGGACAAAAUAAUCACAUACGAGGAUGAUUUGAAACAUGGAAAGUUCUACCUUGACUGCAAGCUUGCGGUGGAAGGAUGGUUUAAAGACAACAAGAAAGACCCGCGGGUACAUCCAGAAAUGUAUGUCAAAUCAGUAUGUAUACUCGCGGGCGUGAUUAUUUUUCAUUAUUGCAGUUUUUUCCUCUGUGCUUCUUUCCCUGUUGCCCUUAUUUUUGCUGUGGCUCAUGGGAUCUGUAAAGCUGAGAUCGGUGUCUCCAUUCAGCACGAUGCGAAUCACGGAGCGUUCGGAAAAUCGCGACCGUUCAUGCAUGCUAUGCAACUCACUCUCGAUAUUGUUGGGGCGUCUUCUUUCAUGUGGCGGCAGCAACACGUCGUUGGGCAUCACGCAUACACCAACGUCAUCGAAGUGGACCCAGAUAUUCGUUGUGCUCCUGAGAAGGAUCUUCGUCGCAUCAAUGAGCAUCAACCGCACGAAACUUAUCAUUGUUACCAGCAUAUUUAUCUUGUGUUUGCUUAUGGACUUUUGUCACUGAAAAGUUGUUUUGUGGAUGAUUUCAGCGCUUUGGCCAGUGGUAAAAUUGGAUGGGUGAAAGUAGCCAAGUUUACAAAUCAUGAAGCAAUGACCUUCUGGGGCUGUAAGCUCAUUUGGGCAUUUUAUUAUCUUUACUUACCAACCAUAUACGGAACCCAUUCUGCUAGCCACGCAGCCUUACUCAUCAUCGUCACCGAGUUUGUCACCGGAUGGCUGCUGGCAUUCAUGUUUCAAGUGGCACAUGUUGUUGGUGAUGUGCGCUUUUUUAAGCUGACUGCACAAGGCAGCUUGAAACUCGGUUGGGGAGAAUCUCAACUCUACUCAAGCGCAGACUUUGCUCACGGAAGCUGGUUUUGGACUCAUUUCUCAGGGGGGCUCAAUUAUCAAGUAGCACACCACUUAUUUCCCGGGGUUUGUCACUGUUACUACCCACAUAUUGCCCCCAUCAUCCAAAAGGUCGCGAAAGAAUAUGGCUUGGACUACUGCGUCUACCCCUCCUUCUGGACUGCCCUUGUCGCACACUUCAAGUACUUGAAAGUAAUCGGGCAGAAAUCACACGUGCCUUCGCUGCAGACAGUGGGUUGA